AUGAAGCUGGGAAUGGUGCGCGCUCUGCGCACGGGCGGGCAGCAUGUCAUCGUUUGUGACAUUUGUAUUUGUUUUCUCUUCCAGGUUGAAAAUGAAACAAACCAACUUCAGGAUGGUUCGUUGAUUGACCUCUGUGGAGCAACAUUACUGUGGCGCACUGCAGAAGGCCUUUCGCGCACUCCCACCGUGAAGCACCUGGAAGCUCUAAGACAGGAAAUAAAUGCCGCUAGACCUCAGUGCCCUGUGGGCUUCAACACACUAGCCUUUCCUAGUAUGAAGAGGAAAGAUGUUGUAGAUGAAAAGCAACCCUGGGUUUACCUGAACUGUGGCCACGUCCAUGGCUACCACAACUGGGGGAACAAAGAAGAGAGAGAUGGGAAGGACCGGGAAUGCCCCAUGUGCCGAUCUGUUGGCCCUUAUGUGCCGCUCUGGCUUGGAUGUGAAGCUGGAUUUUAUGUGGAUGCUGGCCCUCCAACUCACGCGUUCAGCCCAUGUGGACAUGUGUGCUCAGAAAAGACAACUGCCUAUUGGUCCCAAAUACCUCUUCCUCAUGGUACCCACACUUUUCAUGCAGCCUGUCCAUUCUGCGCACAUCAGCUUUCUGGUGAACAAGGCUACAUCAGACUUAUUUUCCAAGGACCGCUUGACUAACUUGUGUUAUCUGAGAACUGCGUUCAAAUACAUAAGCUAAAAGAUUCUAAUUUCAAAUGAACUGCCGUCUUAAAUUCAACUAUAUUUCAUUCUCUGGGCUUUGACAGUUUACUUUGAGAUGAAGAAUACUUACUAUUUAAGUGGUGAAUUCCUCUGUAGAUAAUGGAUGAAGCUGGUUAUGUAGAAAAGAUUGGUGGUGGAUAGCUGGAACAGACUGAAGGUAGUUCCUAGCCCAUCAUUUUUCAGAUGGAAAAGAUAACAUAAUUUGCCUUCAAUGUAAAUGAUUUGAAUAACAUGCCUUUAAUAUCUAAAAUUUGUCUUUUUAAAAAGUAUAUAAUGGAGGGGUGAAAGUGGUCAGUUCAAAAGGAUAUGAGUUUACAGCUUGGAUACAAACAUGUAAGAUAGAGCAACAUGUAUAGUAACUCCUUUUUCUAUUUAUCUUUGCUAUGAAAAAUUAUC